AUGAAUUUCUACAAAGCAUCCCGAUUCAACAAGCAAGCGGCCUCCUUCCUUGCCCUGGGAGACUAUGAUGCCGCUCUUGAGAGCCUCGCGGCGGCUGCCACCAUCCUGAGAGAUCUGCCCGUGAGGAUGGAAGCAGGUGAUGAGCACCAUGAAUCCUUGGCAGAGAUCAUGUUGGCUGCUCAGAGAAGCAUUGCAUCUUGCACUACGGCGUCCUUCCUGUCAGGCGGCAACAUCCCUGUCUUGCAAGAAGGAAGCAACUUUUACAUCUUUUCUCGGGCCCUUUUAUUUCACGCAGACAAGGAAGACGAGUAUGAGCUGCUGACGCACAGUCAGCACAGCUUCUGCAUCUCUAUGGUCGUGUUCAACAUGGGGUUGGGUCGUCACGCACAAGCCAAAAAGACGGGCAAAGACUCGUUCCUGGAGAAGGCGUUGUCGUUCUACGAAAUGAGCUGGGAACUCUUGCAAGUUGUCGAAGCACCCUUGAUGGAGAGCGUCUGCCUCCUUGCUUUGGCCAUUAUGAAUAACAUGGCAGAGAUCCAUCUCGAACUAGGUGAUGUUUGCACUUCCCAGAUGCUACUGGAGAGUAUCCAGCCUUUGGUUUCCGAGUUAAGUGACGACACUGUUGCCAAAACUCAAGCGGAUGAGUGCUGCCUGAACUCCAUGAUCACGAACGGUAUCUUGGUGGCAAGAUGCGCCUAG